CACCCCUCUGUCAUUCCAUCAGGUCCUCACAACACACACACACCACAGCCUCUGAACGCCUCAUCUCCUCCACCAGAGCCAGAGAACCAGAGCGAGGGAGAGUGGAAGUGACAGGAGAACAGCGGCAGCAUCCCUGACAAGCAUCUCCCUCACUGGAGACGGGAGGGAGGAAGUGGGAGCUGGGGAGAGAAGAAGUGAACGUACUAAAAAGGAGAAAGGGGGAGAGAAGGAGAGCGAACCAGUGAGGGAAAUAAGUUUUCAGUUGGAGGGAGGACAAGCGAGGGAGAGUUUGGAGGGCAGAGAGGGGUGAUCUGGAGCUUCAUCUUCCCUUUUUUCAUCUCUGAGCACCGCCUGCCACCUCUCUCCUCCUCCUCCUCCUCUUCCUCCUCCUCCUCUUCUCUUCCCAAAUCUCCUCUCCCAGCUCCCGCCGUGGGUUCUCAGCUCUCCAUCUCCCUCCCCCCCUCCCUAGCUCCCUACCUCCCCCGGGCGCUGCUGCGAGCCUCCGGGCUGCUGCGCCGCAGGAGGAUGUCUCGCAGGGAGUCGCCGCCGCCGCCCUCGCCACCCCCGCAGCUGCUGGGAGUGCGAAGCGGAGAGGUGGAGCGCGAGGAUCGUCCGGAGCGCGCCGAGCCGCUGUCCGACGCCGAGAGGGAGAUCAUCCAGGACACGUGGGGGCACGUCUACAAGAACUGCGAGGACGUGGGGGUGACGGUGCUCAUAAGGUUCUUCAUCAACUUUCCAUCUGCCAAACAGUACUUCAGCCAGUUCCAGGAAAUGGAGGAUCCAGAGGAGAUGGAGCGAAGCAGCCAACUUCGACAACAUGCCCGCAGGGUGAUGAACGCCAUCAACACAGUGGUGGAGAAUCUCCACGACCCGGAGAAGGUGUCGUCAGUGCUGGCUCUUGUGGGAAAGGCUCAUGCCAUCAAACACAAGGUGGAACCCAUGUACUUCAAGAUCCUGAGCGGUGUGUUGCUGGAGGUGUUGUCUGAAGAUUUCCCAGAGUUCUUCCCGACAGAGGUGCAGAUGGUGUGGACCAAACUGCUGGGGGCGGUGUACUGGCAUGUGACGGGGGCCUACACUGACGUGGGCUGGCUCCAGGUCUCCAGCUCAGCGGUGUGAAGAUUUUGGAAGAAGAGGGGCUAAAGAAGUUUCAAUUGCAAGCAGUUCUGUGAGGAUGGUUUCACAAUCAUGGAUGAGAUUAACGUGGUAAUCCGUGCUACUCUGUGCUUAAUUUUGGUGACAUUUUGGGUGCUACGCCUUAAUUGUUGUGGUGUUACUACAUCAUACUUCCAAGAGAUCAUUUUGGACACCAAACAAUGUAGCCAGACGACAUUUUCAUUUCUUUAACGGAUUUUUAGACAGUGUAAAUGGUACUUUGGUCUGUGUUUUUAUCCAUUGAGGCUGUCACUGCUUAUGUUAACUAUUCAGUUCUUCAACUGUUUAUUUCAAGCAAACAGCUUUUACUGCCAAAAUGCAACACAAAUCAUAACCUUCACUGAGCCUGUUUCCCUUAGUUACUGUUGCUAGGCCUGCUAAACUAACCAAACUAGCCACAUGUACAUUUUACCAACAUAAUGUUGUCAAAUUUACCAAUCCCAAUUGUGAUUUUGAUAACUCCUUGAUUUCAGACAGAUGUAGGCUUCCCAUUUCAAGCUGAACACCUGUAAUAAUGGUUUUUAUCAACUAUCACAAGCUUGCAAGUUUGCAACCAACCAAUCGGGCUACCUAGCAACUAUUUACAGCAUAUCAUGCUAAAAGGCUAAGGAGCAUUGUUUUUGUGGCAUAGCUAUAUACAGUAGUUGUAUUAUUAUGGUACGAUAUGAUAAUUAACAUGUGAAGAAAAAUACUGCAUUAGAGUUUGUUUGAAGAAAAAAUAAACAGCGCCCAUCCAACUGAAUUGCUCUCGCUACAGCUCCCUGCCGAUCGAUGUGGAGGAAGCGCGGCAGGGCCCGCGGGCGUUGCUACAGAUGAGCUAACGCUACAGAUGAGCUAACGCUACAUCCGGGGCUGGCAAAGACAUUUAUUAGAACGGGAAAUGUUGCAGAUUAUUGCUUUAGAGUAACCUGCGGUGAGAGAAGCCUCUUCAUGUGAAACCGCACAUAAGAAUACACCUCAUGAUAUUUUUUCAGAAAAAAAGGGAUUAGGGAGUGACUUUGAAGCCCUGAGAUGAGGGCCGUUAGCUGAUGAAGCCCCAGCUAUGGGACCAUGGAGCUGCUGACUGUUAAUAGAUUAAUAGUGUGUCCUACUACAGUAUAUCCUCAUGUUUAGGGCACCUGGGCCCCUUUCUCUCUCUCUCUCUCUUUCUCUAUUGAUGCAUUGCGUGCUCUUAAUGUCUUGUUUAACUUUACCGAGCUGUUUGUAUAUUGUACAGUGGGCAAGUGUGCGUAAUCGUCUGCCUUCGUUUACAACUCAUUGGCACGUCGGUCCGCCGACGCGUUAAGGAGGAUGGUUUUCUUCUCUGCUAAAAGUCUCUAACUAGCAACAAUGCGCUACGUUUUUUACUCGCCUAUCACUUUCAUGACGCAAACAUGGGGAAAAAAUAUAUAUAUAUAUAUAUCAGCAGGUGGACAAAAUCAGCGAGCGCACAUGUUCACAUUCACACAUGCAUGCAUGCUAUAAGACCUCCUCUCUGCUAAUAUUUACAGGACUGUCGGUUGGUUUACUUCUUCUAAACCCCAUCAGGGAGACGCAAGGCAUUAGAGGCUCCAUUAAAAGGCUUUACAAAGUCACUCUGGACUUCUACAGAAAAAACGUGACAGCUUAAGAAGAGCAAUCAGCCCUUUUCCUUAGAUCUUUGACCCAUCUAACAAAAGAAAUGAAAUGCAUUGCACACAUUGCUUUCUUCCUAUCUGACGAGGGGAAUUUUGGAAGCCCUCACAACUCACAUCCUAUCCAGACAUCCGCCCCUCAAAGCUGCUGCACAGUGUCAAACUAACUAUCUUCAACGUAUAAAACAUCAUCCUCUUGUCAGCGGCGUUUCAGUAGUCAGUAGCGUUUGGACUGCACGCACUCCCGCUGUCUGUCCCCAUCUGCGAGCCUCUUUCUGGUCAAUUCCCAAACAUACACGGUAAAUCUGUUUAGGAUGGAUAUUUGAUCCAAUCUUUAGUUUGCAUCUGCUCCAGUGACGUCCCGUAUCUCCUAUCUGACCCCUAUUGGCAUCGGCAUCUGGCAUUAAUGAGGAAGUAAUGAGUCUCCUCUCCUCCUCAUUUGGUCAUUCAUUACUGUAACUUCCCAUUGCCUUCGUUAAGAGUCGAGUCAUUGAGAUUAAAAAUAAUUAUGACUUGACAGAUGGUUUUAAGCCUUUAAACUCCACCAUGUCUGUC